AUGACAGAUCCGACGGAUUUGACUGUCGCUUUCCCAACAGGACAUACAAAUCAAGCUCCAUCUGUCCUGGUCGGUCGUGCGGAUGGGUCAAAUCCAUAUCCUACCGACUGGCCUUCGACAGCAUCUGGAAUUACCAACUGGCCUUCUCCCACAGAUUCGCCAAAGAUGUGGCCAACAGCUACGGGUACAGGAAUAGUCACAGCCACAGCCACAGCCACAGCCACUUAUAAAUGGCUUACGAAUCCAGACUCAACAAUUUGGCCCACUGGUUCUGGUUCCGGUUCAUGGUCAGGUUCAGGUUCAUCAGAUUGGGGAAGUGGAAGUGGAAACUAUGGUGGUGGCGGUGGUGGUGAAUGGGCCAACGUACGUCCGUGGCCAACUAGUUGGGGUACUCGUCCUCGAAACUACAAGACAUUUCGAAUCGUCCACGCAGCUUUGGCGGCGAGUGCCUUUUUGAUUUUUUUCCCUGUCGGAGGUAUCAUCAUGAGAGUAUCCCGACAUCCAAACGCGGUUUGGGUUCACGCAGCUGUACAAUCUUUGGGUUACGUGGUCUUCAUGAUUGCUUCUGGGUUUGGUAUUUGGAUGGCCAAAAAGUCUCAUUCUCUCAACGGUUAUCAUCCCGUCAUUGGUUUGCUUUUGUUAUGUUUCAUCAACCUACAACUCAUGAGUGGCUUGAUCAAUCAUUUUUUCCUUGGAGGUCGUCGGUUACCAUUCGACCUCCCCGGCAGUCUCAGUCUCGGUCAGAUCCAUUCAUGGUUCGGUCGAUUUUUUAUCCUAUUGGGUAUGAUCAAUGGUGGUCUGGGACUACGAUUUGCAUCGACCCUCCCUGUUUUUCAAUGGCCAAAGGGACCCAAAGCCGCGUACGGAGUCAUUGCAACUUUGGUGUUCAUCAUCUAUUUGGCCGUCAGUAUUGUCUGGUGGGAAUUCGACAGACCACGAGAACGUACUCGGCCUGAUGCGCAGCAGCGACCGGACGCCGCCUACCCCGGCGGCGAUCAUGAUCAACGACACCCAACGACAGCAACAACAAAUGCCGACACCAAUAAUAGUGCUGUAAAAGAAAAAGGAAAGACAAAGGUCCUAAACAGCAGCCCACCAUCGACGGCAGUAACCGCCAAAGGUAGCAACGACAAUGACUCUUCUUCUUCUCGUUCUUCUUCUAGACCAACUACAAGUCAAGAGAUAUCACGUGUUUGA